AUGUCUACAAAUAACGACGUUUCGGAACGUAAACUUCGUCCUAUUUACGAUGCGAUCGACUCUCUCAACUAUAAGGGCGCUCUUUCGCAAAUUUCCAAAUUACAAAAAAAGCAACCUGAUGCGCUGAUUUUGAAGUCAUUAAAAGCAUUGUUACUCGAAAAAAUUGGGAAAAGCUCAGAAGCAUUAGUUAUAUGUAAUGAGGUAAAAGAACGAAAACCAACCGAUGAGACUGUAUUACAAUCACUCACUACGGUCUAUCGGUCUUUAGGAAAACGUCAGUAUUUGAAUAUGUUUGACGAGGAAAUUGUUCAGAUUUACGAAAAUGCAGCGAAAAUCUUACCAAAUAACGAAGAGAUAGCGAGUCAUAUGUUUAUGGCAAUGGUUCGCAAUGAUGAUUAUAAGGGUCAACAACAGGCUGCUCUUAAAUUACACAAAACUUUUGGAAAACGGACAAAUAGAUAUUAUUUUUGGUGGAUCAUGAGUCUAAUUUUGCAGGCUGAACAAGCACCGGCCGCACAAUCGGGUAUCAUUAUGACUAUUGCUGAACGUAUGAUGAUCAAGGCAGCAGAAGAAAAGCGACUUGAAGAGAUUGAAGAGGUUCAUCUAUAUUGUAAUGUCUUGUUGGCACAGAAUAAAGUAAAAGAAGCCUUGGAAGUUAUUGAAGGUGAUAUCGGUAAAAAGUGUAAAGAUGAUACCGAGAUCUUUCGUGUCAAACAAGAACUACUUUUGAAAUUGGAAAAUUGGUCUAGCUUACAUACGAUAAGCAAAAAUACAUUGAUCGAAACGAAUCCAGACGAUUGGAAAAGCUAUUUGACAUAUUUCGAUUCGUUAUUUCAUAUAAAUGGUGAUAAUUCAUCAAGUACAGAUGGCGAUAGCUCGAGUUUAAUUGGGAAAAACUUCGAUGAAGCACGUGAAUUAAUAAAAUCAUUGCAAGAAAAGGAAUCGAAGAUGGAUACGCCUAUGCGAGGUCCCUACUUAGCUGAAUUAGAAUUUGAUCGCCGAGUGAGCUUGCAUAAUAAAGGAGCUCUCGAUGAAGUUUCAACCUCGCAUAUCGUUGAUUACUUUCGACGGUUUGCCUCUAAGACUUGCUGCUUUGAGGAUUUGCAGCCGUAUUUACAAGGGUUUUCUAGUGAACGCGCUAAGAAAUUGAUUGAUGAAUUCAAUGCAACAAUCGAUUACUCACAAACAGAUGAUAAAGCGAAAAUUAAAAAUAUUUAUAAACAAAUUAAUCUCCACAAAGUCGAGAGAUAUUUCGGACUUACUGCUAAUUUUGAUUCCGAAGAGACAAUCAAUUAUGCCAACAAACUCUGGAAAUUAUAUCAAGAUUCUCUCCAGUACGGUAUAGAUUUGGUGGAUACCGAGGAUCAUUACGGGGAUGAAUUUAUAAUUUUGGGUUGUCACGCUUUAAUUGACGAAUACAAAAAAAAAGCAAUAUUACUUCUUGAAACUGCGCUACUUAAAAGCAAACAUAAUUUCCAACUACAAUUGCUUUUAAUCCGACUAUAUCAAAUACUUGGUGUCUAUCUUAGGCCAAUAGAAAUAUACAAAACCAUGGAUAUUAAGCAUAUUCAAUUAGACACUAUGAGCCAUUAUAUAGUUACUCGUUCUUCAUCUCUUGCAUUCUAUAAAGAAGCACUUCAAUCAUGUAAGGAUACAUUACCUAUUUACCGUAGUAAUGUUCUAGAGACUCCGGAGAUGAUAGUUCACGCAUAUAAAUACGGAACAUACUCAAAAGUCAAAGAAUUUAUAGAGUUUCGACGGGAGCUAGACAAUUCCUUGCAACGAGUCUUGUCUAAUCGUGAAUCUAUACGGCUUGAGAUCAUUGCUGCUUCCCAAAAUGCCAAAGAAAUAACUGACUAUCUUAAUGAGAUGGAUAUUUCGGAUCUUCAUUAUAAUGAAAAGUUUUGUGAAUCUCUCCGAGAUAAUAGAGAUUUCGAAGUUAUGGUCAAUUUCAACCCAUCGGAGAAACCUUCCAUCGAAGAAUUGACACGGUCAUCCCCUAAACUUGAUAAUAUAUGGAUCAAGCUAUUUACCAUAAUCCCACACAUCCUCAAGAAUAUUUGUUUUGAUAAAGCUGCUGAUGAAAUCUCCAAUCUUGUCGCGGAUCUGGAAAAGCUUGUUGGGGAGAAAGAAGCACCGAGUUUGACUGCUGAAGAAAAGCAAUUAGGCAAAAUUGUUAUUAAAUUGGGCUUUUUAUAUAUUGCCAUUAAGGAAGGUAACCUUGAUCAAAUUUCCACCGCUAUUGGACAAUUUAAGCUAGUUCUGGAUGAGGCCUAUGCGAAUGUCAUUUCAGAAGUCAAAUUAUUGGAAUUUUCGUGGUCAGUUAUUAAUCGAUUGGCCAUUUUCUUGGAGAUUACAAGUUACACAGUAAUAGGAAUAAAAACAAUGAAGAAAUUACUAGGAACAAAAGGCAAAAAAUCUGGACAAAGAGAAUUGUCGAAUACAUUGCAAACUGUGAACGUGUCGCUUAAAGAAAAACUUUUGGAAAUCAAGAACCAUUUGAACGCAUUAAAGGAGAAAGUUAAAUUAGAAGAAGUUCUUGGUGUUUUGCUCCCCUCUUUGAAAUCUAUCCCAAACUUGGAAUUUUGUUUACUCGAGGAAAAAGAACAAUUCAUGCGGCACACUAUAAGCAGGUUAUCGAGUAGCUGGAUAAAAAGUAUUGAAAAUCUUGCAAAAGAAUUCGAUAAUCGGAUUACAUUAAUAUGA